AUGUCUUGGAGAGAUGAUCGAUCUCUUCCCUAUGAUCCGCACGCUGGGAGAAAUGCUUUCAAAAGUGACGAGGAUGGAGAAGACCAUCCCUUAGCUCGAACGGCGAGAGCGAUGCGCUCAUUCACUGAGUCGAUCGACGUCGAUCUUCCACCGGCUCCCGAAUUGCCCCCAUCGCUUGACAUUGAUCGUUUAAGUGCCGGGAUGAAGAACAGUGAUACGAAUGAUACGAUUGUUGAGGUGAAACGUGAGGAGACGAUCGAUAACACGCUUGGCGAGACGCAAAAGUUUAAAAUGGUGGUGCCAGGGCCGGGACACACGGAACAGGAAGCUGAGAUGCAUAAAAGUUUGCUGAGAGACGCCGACGAGGAAAGCUUGGACAGUGAGCUGGAGGCAAUCGGGCAAACCGAGGCGAAAGCUGAGUCAUCAGCUGCUUCUCGAGAUGGGAGAAGUGAUUCAGGAUCAGUGAGCCGAUCGGCUAGAGGACCUCAGGAAGCCGAUCAUGUUGCUUUACGGCAACAGUACAGUGUGACGGCUUUGACAAGACCCCGACCAACUACUCCAACUCAACAAUGCGCAAUUGAGUCCUCAGCUUUCAUGAGUCAAGAAGAAGUGGAACGAGAAAGAGAAAGACAGGAGAAGAUUAAAGUGAAAAUACCAGCUGGCGGUAAACGACGAAAAUCGGAUAUGUCAUACUCGGAGCUCUAUGAUAGUGUGAGUAGUCAAAGGGUUCAACGCAGUGGCUCACAAGUCGGUGGACGUAGAACUUCAAUGAACGAUUAUGAGGGAGAUAUCUUGGAGGAGAAUCCGGUGUACAGAUCAGUUGCCCCGCCGAAGCCGGUUGUCCAUCGCCGGACGAGCAUCGAAUGGGAGAACUUCGAGGAGCGGAAAGCUGCCGAACGAGAAGCGAGACGACAAACCGAAUAUCUUGAGGAUAAAGCUUUCUCACAAGCAACAACUUCACGCGAGCAACAGAAAACGCUUGAAGCGACCGGAUUUGACGAUUCAUUUGCAGUCGAGGGAUUGCCACAAAAACGUAAAAUGGACGACUCAGAACCGGAACCCGAAUUCUCGGAGGAUAUGGCCGAGGAGCGGGAGAGAUUCAGGAAACAAUCGGAAAUGAAAAUCAUCGUCCACGCUGAUCGAAUGGGCAUCGAAAAUCCGUCGGAUAUCGACGCAGCAAUUCGAGCAAGAGUUGAGGGAAAAGUUGACGAAGUGAUUGCUCAGCAAAUCGAUCAAGACCAAGCAUACGAUUACUCACAGUAUGAAGGCUGGAACCCGGAAACUCAACAAUUUGAGGGGACCUACACCGACAAGAAUGGAGAAGAGCAAAGCUACGCCGAGUACUAUGCACAUUACUUUAGCCAACAGCAAUACUACGAUGAUAAUGGGCAAUGGACUGGCUAUGAGACGGGACAGGCUCCAACGGGUGAUGGAACGACGAAUGAGUACUAUGGACAGUAUUACGAUCAACAAGGAGAAGAUCAACAAGGACAAGAACAGGGAAACGAUUACGGACAAGAGUACAACGCUCAAGCCAGCGAAGCAGAGAAUCAAGGGACCUAUAACUACAAUCAAGGAGGACAAGAACAGGGAAACGAUUACGGGCAAGAGUAUAACGCUCAAGCCAGUGAAGCGGAGAAUCAAGGAACCUAUGACUACAAUCAAGGAGGACAAGAAUACGAUCCUGAAUAUUACAAUUCGGAGGAGUACCGAAAAUGGUAUGAAGAGAAUUAUGGAGAACAAGCUGCAAGUGGAGAACAAAAAUAUGAACAAACUGAGUACGAUCAGGCGAAUUAUCAACAGUCAGCCUAUGAUCAAGGAUAUGAUUAUUCCCAAACAAGUACUGAGGGAACAGCUUAUUACAACAAUGAGACAAAUGGUUGCUAUCAGCAAGGAACCUCGUACGAUCAACAGGGAUAUUCAUAUGAUCAACAGGAGCAUUAUCAACCGGAAAAACAGGAGUAUGCACAGGACUACUCCUAUCAACCGACGAAUCCCUUUGAAAGCCAAGCAGAAGCUGAACAGUCAAUCCCCCCACCAAGACCACCCGUUGUCUCCAAACCGCUUUUUGAAGCACCGCCACCAAAAGACGAGUUUGGCUGGGAUUCGAGUGCCACGUCAUCGACUCAAACUUCUCAGGCGCCACCCCGACCACCACCAUCACCCUCAAGACCGCCACCACCUGCACAAGGGACCGAAUCGCAACAAGAUCCAACUCCAGCAACUGCUCCAUCUCGACCUCCACCCGCAGCUCGACCUCCUCCACCUCGACCUGUUCCUCCACCACCAAAAAAAGAAGAGAAAAAGGAGGAACCAGAGGAAGACGCAUGGGCACAAUUCAAGAAAAUGACGGAUAAGGUGAAUGUGGCAGUGAAAUCAACGGAAGAGCGAUUGAAAGACUUGAGUGAGAACACAGCUGUCAAUGAUAUCAAAGAUGAGAGUUAUUUAGCGAAUGUUGGUGGUGCUCAAGGCUACACUGAGACCCUUGCGCAGCAAGAAAUUCGCCGAAUGACGGAAGAGAAACAAAAAGAGAAAGCGCUGAAGAAGAAAAUGAAACAACAGGGUAAACGAGCGCCAUCUCCUGAAUACACAUUGGACGAUCAAGAAAGAAUGGACAAAGCAUCAGAAGAAUUGGCACGGCAAAUGGCUGCAAAAAUGGCAAUAGGUAGAGGCGAUCCAGCACUAGCUGAUUGGAAACCGCCUGAAGGAGCUGUGAUAACACAAAAACCGGCAAUCGAUGUGACGAGGAAAGACUCAACCCCGGCUGACGCGAUUCCACCGAGGAAAAAGUCAUCGAUCAAAGAAGCGCACCAAGAAUCGUCAUCUCUCGAUCUCCCCUCACAUGCUCCAUUAACUUUUCAACAAAGCGCUGACAGUGCGCAUCCGAUUGGAGAUUUCCAUCCCGAUGAUCCAGCUCUUUCGGCGCCAAGCUGGGCCGAUUUCGAGGCCACUGCUCCUGAGCUUGCCCCAAGUGAAUCGGGAUUUUUCUCAAAGGAUUCUCAAGGCGGAUCUUUUGCCAUAAAAGCGGCCGAUCCAUUCGCUUUACCCCCAAAAGAGAAUCCAUUCGCACCGCCGGAAGAAGCGAGUCUUUUUGAUGAUAACUACGAUCCAUUCGACGUUCGACCAGUGGAAGACAUUGUUGCGGCGGCGAAAGCGAAAGCCGAGGCGGCAAAAUUAACCGCCGAUGGACACGACGAUAUGGACUAUUUCGGAAAUACUGAAGCCAGAUCCACCCACUCAACACCAACGCCUGAAGGCGGGAGCCCGAUCAGCGCACGGCCAACCGGUUUCGAUGAUGAGUUUAAAGCUGAGAGAGGCUCAAACGGCUCAACACCGACCCCAUUAUACGACGAGGAUGACUCACAACCGCUUGACGAUUUCAUUCCAAAGUUUAGCGGUGAUGGAUGGGAGUUGAUGAUCCGGCACCCACUGAAGAAGAAAAUCAUGGCCGAUCGCUUUUGGAAACCUUGUUUCGUGCGGCUUCACGGGAAUACCCUCAUUAUCUAUAACUCGAAAACCGACAAUAAACCGAUUCAAGAGCUUCUUCUGCAGGCUUCCUACAGUCUUUCCGAUACGACGUUACAGGCUUACGAUGUCUAUGGAAAGAUUCACACGGUGAAGCUGCAAUUCGUUCAGUACAAGGAAAGAGUCGGGAUUCGGCCAGGUCAAAUCUCUCGUCUCGUCGAUGGACACAUCACAAAGUACGGUCUUCCAUUGGAACAUUCAGCCAAUUGUAAUGUGUUGUUAAAGUUCGGCUCACUAGCUGCUGACGAGCUUCAAUCAUUCGUGAACACGAUCGAGGAUAUUCUUUUCAAAUGUCCAGCCAAGAGGGACACUAAACCCGUGUAUAAACAGGAUGAAGUACAGAUUCAUUGCUACGAUGAAUACUCAUCUCACAUCGACAAGCUGGGAAUCGUUUCCGAUCAAAAAGCCCGUGUGCGAAUGUUUUGCCUAGCUUUUGUGACCGGAUCGCCUUUCUUGGAGAUUGGUUUAAACGAUCGGCGGAGACAAGGAAAAGAGGUCGUUCGAAGGAAAGACAUUUUGCCAAUGUAUACCGAGAGAUGGAUUCGUUUCGAGAACUUGGAGUUCCACAACACCGUUGAUCAACCAUCUUUCGAGCAGGAGCAAGUCAUUCGACUCCAACCACCCGAUGGGUGCUUUUUUGAGAUAAUGCGAUUCCGGGUUCGACCGCCGAGGAAUCGGGAAAAAGCGCUCACUGUGAAGUGCAUCAUGAAAAUCGCUGGAUCAAAAGUUGAAAUUCGAAUGGAAGCGAUGGCUGCCGCGCAAGUUGAGCGCUCGAAAGGCGGAAAAGCGACAAGGCGGCAGAUUCCAUGCGAAGAUAUUGUUGUCAGAUUCCCGAUUCCUGAGGCUUGGAUUUACAUCUUUCGGGAGGAGCGUCAUUGGGGCGUCGGCUCGGUUCACUCGAAAAAGCUCAGACCCGGGAAAGUGAAGAAUCUCAAAGAUCGCCUCCUCGGCGCUGUGCAGCAAACCGAAAGCAAUCUGAUCGAGGUGGCAAUCGGAGAAGCUAAGUACGAGCACGUUUACCGUAGUCUCGUUUGGCGGAUUCCUCGUCUCCCGGAGAAGCACCAUGAAGCUUAUAAAGCGCACUUGCUGAAAUGCCGUUUCGAGCUCUCAUCAUUCGAUUUGAUGCCAGAAACAUUCUUGCCAAAUGUUGAGGUUGACUUCACGAUGCCUUUGGCAACUGUUUCAAAUACCGUAGUUCGAUCAGUUUCUGUUGAACAACACGAGGAUUCGGAUCGAGUCGAGAAAUUCGUUCGAUAUGUGGCUAAAUGUAAAUAUCGGGUAGAGAUCGACUAUGUUCAAUGCGCGGAUUUGGAUGUGGAUCCGACACUGCAAGUGGCGGCUGGAUUGGAGGAUUCGGUGCAAGUCCCGGAAAUGCAUCGACCGGCUAUUCAUCCAAAUGAUGUGGCGGGCAUGCACGAGGGUUAUCGAAUCGAUCUGCCAGAGCAUCAAUUCAACGCGAAACGGGACGACAGUUCGUCGGACGAAGAGGAAACGAAACAGAAAUUCCCGACAAUCCAAAUUGACAUGAGUAAUUACGGCUAU